AUGCGAUAAAAUUGUGCAUUGCUUACCAAGUAACCGUAGUAAUAUGUAUCAUUUCAUUUUUAUUCAUAUAUUAUUUCCAUUUUGUGUAAUAGCAACAAUUUGUCCCGUAUUGAUUAAUGUAGACCUUGCUGUACCGGUACAGGCGCAGUGAAAAUAAACAAGCUACCCAAGUGCGUAUUUCCCGGAGUAUUGAUUUAUUUGUUGGAGCCACAAACAGUGCGGCCAGGUGCAUCUGCGACGCAGUAACCCGCUGAAUUACUCCAUCAAGAUGACUGUACUAACUAAAGCCAGCAAUAUGGUCCGGAACAAGCAAGACAGUACGAUUAAUUUGCCGCUCGUCGAACCGACUAACGACGCCGAGGUGAGCUGCGAGCGGCCGCGGCCGGCGCCGCAGAAGGUGUGGGUGUACCGUACCUACUGCAACAUGGUGGUGCUGUGCACGACCUUCUUCGUGCUGGCCGUCAUGCUCAUCGGCGCCACCGCCGGCCUCAUGUACUACAGCGAGACCAUCCGCAGCGGCCCCUCCAUGCGAUACAAGGGAUAUUGCGCUGUACCACUCAACUUAGUGAAGAUGCGUUUCCCGGAGAUGGCCGAAACCCUGAUGACCCUCCCGUUCAAACCGGAGCGCGAGGAAAGCGCGGACCCCGAGAUCGAGCGCCUGGUGGAGCGCUUCGAGGUCGCCGACACCGUCGAGAAGAUCACCGUCCUGAACGGCCAGCACGAGGUCGAGUUCAUCCACGACUUCGAGACCAAUGCCACAGGCAUCGUGGACGAGAAGCGCUGCUUCACCAUGGAGCUAGACCCAGAGAUGGUGUCGUCGCCCGACGUGCUGGUGUUCAACAUCGAGCGCGGCGACCUGUUCGACGUCAUGCGCGCGCGCACCAACAUGCACGCGCUCGUCGCGCCGCCGCACGGCAUGCGGAUCACCUCGCUCUUCGCCGAGAAGUGCGAUUACAAGCCCACAUACAAACUAAGGAAGGGAACCGGGAACGUCAUACGUAAACGGUCAGUCGACGAGCCCCCGCACGACUACGUGCACUUCUCCGGGAAGCACAUCCAGGAAAUAGUUAUUGAUAAUUUAAAUGAUAUAGAAGCUCACGAGGCAAUGCAGGCGUCCGCUUAAACAUGGACUUAUGAUUGGGCCCGCGGCGGCCGGGAGGAAAUGUCGGUGUGGCGGUAGGAUGGGUGACCCUGGACCACGGUAUUUUACGACAAUCUUGCACAAAAAUAAAACAACAGGCUUUUGUUUGAACAUCACUUUCCCUUUCCUGAUUUCGGUCAGAACUGCGAUAAAUAUUUGUAGUGAAAGAAGAUGGAUACUUCUGGUAAAGUGCCAAAGCUCACAAACCUUGUUUUGUGUUCUGUUUUCCGUGGGAGAGAACACCAAAAGAACUAUUCCUAUUGUUGUUACGUCUUAUACCUGUUUAAAGACGGUUAUUCGACGAAGAUUGAGGGUGCUCUUAGAUGAAAUUCUAUAAACUUAUUUCUAUUCUACAAACUCGUGUAAAGGCGUAUUUUCUAAAACUAAAUCAUUUGAAGACGAUGAACAUGAAAAUAUUCCGGCCUGUUGUACUUUAAAUGUAUUGGUUCAAAAAUGUCUAUGUAUGUAACUCAAAAUAGACGUAAGUAAUAUUGAUGAUGAAUAUUUGGAAAUGUAAUGGGUAGAUUAAGAACAGAAAACAUCAAAUAGAACUCUCAGUUAUUGAUCUAAAGAUGAUUGUUGAGAGUUUGGGAGUUAAUUGAACACGCGAAGGUCCUACGUCCACACCAGGAACAGUUAGCGUUACAAUUUUACCAUUUUAUCAUUAGCUCUCACUGUACCUAUACCUUAUUGGUGUUGUCAUAGAUGUAUUUACUCAAUUAAAAUACACUGGUUAUAAUAUUU